AUGGCAGGAAUUAAGAAAUCCAGUGUUUCUUCUCUUUACUAUACUUCAGCUGCAUUGUUUCUCAUGUUCAUGACUUUAGGAGCUGAAAUCAAGUCGGUUCAAUCGCAGCAGUCUUGUCUCCAAGAUAUUAGUAAUCUCAGCGUCUGCGCACAAUUCGUUCUUCCCGGACAAGGUGUUGCCACCCCGUCUGCUGAAUGCUGCAGCGCCUUACAACGAGUUGAUUCGACCUGCAUUUGUAACACUCUUCGCAUCGCUGCUCGUAUUCCAAGCGCUUGCAGUCUCCCUGCUCUAACUUGUGGUAGUGCAUAAGACGAAGAUGGGAUGUGAUGAAUAAUGGGACAACAUUCGCC